GUUCGUUCUUCUGCGUGUAGAAUCGCGACUGUGAAAGAAAAUGGGAAAAUCGAAAGCGAGCAAAAAGCGCGCGAAAGACGUAGCCAACGACGUAAACGCGGCGGAGGUAGCCAUGGCGAAGGCGGUUCAGAGGUUGCAGGAAAUAUUCAGGGAACACUCCGAACAAGAGAUCCGUGCAGCGCUUCUAGAAUGCAAUAUGAACCAAAACUUCGCCAUCGAUCGUCUUCUUUCUCAGCAAGAGAGGAGUAGUGAGCAAGGAGCCAGUACUCAGUUACCUGAUUCAUCAUCUAGUAGCCUUGUUCCAAUUGUUCCAAGUCAAAGUGAUCUAACAAAUGGCGAAACCAGGAGUGUGCCAACUAGUUCGAAUGAAGCAGCUCCUUCCUUGCCUGUGCCAUCAUCUAGGACUGUGCCAAUUAGUUCCAGCGAAGCAGUUCCUCCCUUGUACGUGCCAUCUUCUAGUGAUGUUACAAAUGGUGUAACCAGGAGUGUGCCAAUUAGCUCCAAUGAAGCAGCUCCUUCUUUGCCUGUGCCAUCUUCUAGUGCUAUAACAAACGGUGAAGCCAGGAGUGUACCAAUUACCUCGAAUCGUCCCUUGUCCGUGCCAUCUUCUAGGUAUCUAUCUUCCUGGAGUUGUGGUACUUGUUGUGCCUUUAUUACCAAACGUUAA